UCAAAUCAGCUUACGAAUUAGUGUAAAAGCCAUGCAGACCAGUGAGAUGGCUGAACUUCAUUAUCUAGUUCCACCUGAUCCAAUUACACUACUUCCUUCUACAUUUUCUUGUUCUCAGAAUAACACACCAACAUUUGAUCAGUUCACCAGAUUUUCCAACCCGUUAUUAUACGAUCUGCAGACAAACCCUCAACUUCAAAGCUUCAAUCCACAACCGACAAGCUUCAGCAGCAACUCGACUUCUGAUGAAGCAGAUGAAAAGCAAAUAUGCCUUAUUAAUGAGAGGAAGCAGAGGAGGAUGAUAUCUAACAGAGAGUCUGCACGUCGAUCAAGGAUGCGUAAGCAGAAGCAGCUGGAUGAGCUUUGGUCACAGGUAGUUUGGCUCAGAAAUGAGAACCAGCAUCUCAUUGAGAAACUCAACAAAUUUUCUGAGCAACAUGACCAGGCCCUUCAAGAGAAUGCCCAACUUAAAGAUGAGACAUCUGAACUUCGUCAAAUGCUUAGCGAUAUGCAGCUUUAGUAUAUCCAAAUUAGGCAAUUUACCUUAAGUUCUUUGAACUUGCGAGCCUUCUGAUAGUUAAUUUAGUUUGUCCAAGUCAAGCUGGAUUUUCCUUCACUUGAGCUUUAUGACAUCCAAUAUAUAGUACUGCAAUAAGACCAAUGUUUUUGUUUGUCAA